AUGGUCCGCCACAAAAAAGACAACUUCUCCUCCCGGGGCAAACACCGACCCCGCGGCGGCCCCCGCAGCGCCCGCCAAAUCGAAGCCGAAAACGCCCGCGACAACAACACCAAUAAUGCGAGUAAAACCACCGACGACGACAACAACACCGAAACGACAAAAUCCACCCCCGGCCGCCCCGCCUUCAAAGCCGCCUGCUGGGACCUCGGCCACUGCGACCCCAAGCGCUGUUCCGGCAAGCGUCUCCUCCGCCUGGGCCUAAUGCGCGACCUGCACCUGGGCCAGCGCCACGCCGGCGUAAUCAUCACCCCCAACGGCAAAACCACGCUCUCCCCCGCCGACGCGCCCCUCCUCAACCUCCACGGCGCGGCCGUCGUCGAAUGCUCUUGGGCGCGCACGGCAGAAGUCCAAUGGAACAAAGUCGGCGGGAAAUGCGAGAGGUUAUUGCCUUAUUUGGUAGCGGCGAAUACGGUGAAUUACGGCAAGCCGUGGCGGUUGAAUUGUGUGGAGGCGCUGGCGGCGGCGUUUGCGAUUUGUGGGCAUUUGGAUUGGGCGGGGGAGGUGUUGAAGCCGUUUGCGUAUGGGAGGGCGUUUUUGGAGAUUAAUGGGGAGUUGUUGAGGAGGUAUGCGGGGUGUGAGGAUGAGGAGGGGGUGAAGAGGGCGGAGAGGGAGUGGAUGGAGAAGUUGGAGAGGGAGUAUGCUGAGAGUCGGGAGGAGGGGGGGGACGGGGGGGAUUUGUGGGCGGGGGGGAAUAUGAAUCGGAGGGUGGUGGUUGAUGAGGAUGAGGAUGAUGAGGAUGAUGAGGGGGAUGAGGGUGAGGGGGAUGAAGAUGAUAAGGACGCGGCAAGCGACGAUGACAACAAAAGCGUAGACGGAAUCUACCUCGGCCGUAAGCCACCUCCGCCACAACAAAAAGACCGCUUCACCCUCCCCCCUUCAGACGACGAAGACGAAGAGGAAGAAGACGACUCCGCCGAAAUGGAAGCCAUCCGCCGCAAGAUCCUCGCCUCCAAACCCUUCUCUAACCCCCAAGCCACCACCAACAACCCCAAUACUUACGACCCCAACUCCAAAAACGACACUACUACCACUACCAAAACCAAAAAACCCCUCGAAACCAUCCCCCGCCCCCAGCCACGGUACAAACCCGAUUCCGACGCCGAGCCAGACUCGGACAACAACCGGUCCGAAGACGGCAGUGACCAAGACAGCGAGGCCGAUGAUGGGGAGGAGAACAACGAUGAUGAGUUCGAUGAUAUAAUCAAUGCCACGCCUGUGACGGACAGGAUGGGCCUGAAACGAUUAGAAAAGGAACGGGCACGGAUCACGACGACGUCGAGGACGUUUUCGUCGGGUGGGGCUGCUGCGCCGACCAGGUGGUGA